GUUAAAAAUUUGGAGGGGUUUUGUUGGAGGGUUUUUGUUGUGGCGCUGCCGUCUGCUUUUCCGCUAUCCAUCGAGACAAAUGCACCGCGCGAGCAGAAGAGUGUUCCGAGCUUUUCACUCCUCUGGUUUUUCUCUAUCUACCAUUUCGUCUUCUUCCAUAGCGACGCUUGCUCAGGGAUCAACGGAGCCGCUGCGGCCCGCCGCCAGUUCGCCCCUACUCCGCACUCUUGCUGUGCCCUGGGCUGCUAUCCAACGCCGUGGUGCCAAAGUUCUCGGUUCUGAUGUGCGAAUUGGGAAUGUGAUUCAGAGAAAAGGGCGAACCUAUCAGGUUCUAAAAGCACAGCACACCCAACAUGGCAGAGGAGGAGCUACCAUACAGCUAAUCGCCUUUUAA